AGGACAGGAUGUGGAAGGAGAUAAUACUAGUGUCUUUGUUGGAUGUUAUAUAAGUAAUCUGAUCUGUGUGAUUGUUUAUGACUUCUUUGGGUUUAUAUCCUUUAUUUUCAUACACCACUGGUGUAAGUUGCUGAAAAGAAUCACUUGGGGUACUGGAGGCUGAAACAGUGAAUCAUGAAGCUAGAGGUGCCAGAGACAUUUGAAGAUGUUGCCGUUAAGUUUUCUGAAGAGGAAUGGAAGAUAUUAAGUAAGAAAGAGAAAGACCUACACAGGGAAGUGAUGGCCCAGAACUAUGAGAACAUGAUUUCUGUAGGUUACAACAUUCCGAUGGAACAGCUGCUAUUACUGAUUGAGAGACAUGAGAUGAUUCGAUAUGGUACAGAAGGAAAAAGGUUGGUGCAAGAGAAGAAAUUUUCUGAUGGCACUGCUGAAAUACGCAGGAAUGUUGAUUUCAGUGAAAUUCAAAGUCAGCACUCAUCCCGUGGGAAAUAUCUUCAUUCUGAAUAUGAUAAAGGUUUGGCAUGCAAUUUGUCAGUCACGGGACAAAAUGACUUUGUACAGACUGGAAAAAAACUCCAUAACCAUGUGAAAAGGAAUGGGUUUGUCAGGAAAAUGGAACUAGAAGGGGACCUAGAAACUAAUGGAAGAGAAAAGCCAUGUGACAGUCUUGAAGAGCGUGGCGCAUGCACACAGAGUACUGAGCUGUUUAUUCACCGCAGGAAAAGACAAAAGAUUGCUAAGGGACAUCACAAAAAAAUCAUUCACAUAGAAAAGCAAUACAAAGGCACCAUUUCCAGCAAGUGUCUUCCAGGUAAAAAGGGUUUAGCAGAGCAUCAGAGAAUUCAGGAUAGAGGGGGAAAAAGGAAGUCAAUUAUAUGUACAGCAUGUGGCAAAUCUUUUACGGAUAAGAGAAGCCUGUUAGCGCACCAGGUAGUCCACACCGGGCAAAAACCCUAUAAAUGUGACAUAUGUGACAAAAGCUUUAAAUUUAAGAGAAGCAUGACAACUCAUCAGUAUAUUCAUACUGAACACAAACCAUACAAGUGUCCUUUUUGUGAUAAGAGUUUUGCACAGAAAGGUAACAUGUUACAACAUCAGCAUGUUCACACGGGUCAGAAACCCUAUAAGUGCACCAUGUGUGACAAGACCUUCGUGCAGAAAUUCAAUUUGAUAAGACAUAAUUUAAUCCACAUUGGCCUACAACCCUAUAAAUGUGCCAAAUGUGACAAAGCUUUUCCAGAUGAGAGAAGUUUAGCACGGCAUCAGAUUAGCCACACUGGGCAGACACCCUAUAAGUGCAGCGUAUGUGACAAGAGUUUUAGAUGGAAGUGCAGUAUGUUAAGACAUCAGAGCAACCACGCUGAGCAGAAACCAUAUACUUGUACUGUGUGUGACAAGGGUUAUAUAGAUAAGAGACUGUUUGAAGCACAUCAGUAUAUCCAUGCUGAACAGAAACCAUAUCAGUGUGCCACAUGUAACAAGGGUUUUGUACAGAAGGCAAACCUGCUAUGUCAUCAGUAUAUCCACAGUGAGGACAAGCCAUACAAGUGUCCUGUAUGUGACAAAGGUUUUGCACAGAAGCAUAACCUAAUACGGCAUCAGUAUACCCACAGUGGACAGAAACCCUAUAACUGUACCUUGUGUGACAAGAGUUUUAUGAAGAAAUGCAGUAUGGUAAAACAUCAGUUAGUCCACAGCCAACAAACACCAUAUACAUGUGCUGUUUAUGACAAGGGUUUUACAGAUAGUUGAAAUCUGAGCAAUGCAUCAUCAAAGUAGUCAUCUUGAAAUGAACAGGUAUGGAAAAAAGAGAAAAUCUAAAAAGAUUUUGAGUAGAAGAAAAGGACAGAAAAUUGGAAAGCUUCCGAUUAUACAGGAAAGUAAAGAGAACUGCUGGAACAGCUAUAUGUUGAUCAAGAGCUGGCAUAACAUGUAGUGUCAGUAGCUCAACAAGUAGCACAUGUGCCUUUGGUGUUAGAUGAUUAGACAGCUGUGGAUUCUCUCCCCACACCAGGUAGUCAAAUUAUUUUUCCAGUACUGACACUACACAGCAGGAUACGUGAGAUGCACAUUCCUGGGUGCGCCUUCUUUUGGAUGAGAUGUUAACUCAUUGCUUUCUGCAAGGUUAUAGUAGAUAGGAAAGCAAAGUUCCUGUGUAUCUUGUAACAGUUUACUUAUCUUUAGAGACUUCCCUGUACUCCUGAAAUGAGUAUGCUCGUCAGUGUUUUCAAAGUCUAAUUUCUGAAAUCCUGGUAAAGGUACAUGUGUAAAACUAAGACAGCAAGGUGACUGCACAAGAUGACCUGAUUUGCUAAGCAUGACAGUAAAAUGGUCAGAAUGGGAUGUUCAGAGCUGGAGUUGAGGAGUGUUUAUAAUACAUUAUGAUGAAGUAGGACGUUUUUCCAUGUUUACAUUAAUGAUGCAAUAAUAAAAUGUGGUGCUGCUAUGUAGGAGUGGUGUAGUGAAGCAGUGAGUGUAAGUAAAAAAUGACAUUAAAUUAUAGUAGGCAAUGUGAA